AUGCUGUCGAUUUUCUCUCGUUGGCCUACUGCUGAUCAGCUUCCGCCCCCCCUUGAUUCACUGGAGGAAUUCCAUCAAUACAAGCCAGCCAUUGCUAUUGCAUUUGGUGCUCUUGUAGGUGCGGUGGUUUUGUUAUUUGUUUGGAAGCUCCUUAAUUAUUUGUUUGGCUGGGAGGGCGAGGCGUUCAAAGAGGGAUGGGAACAACUAUCUUCGAACGUCCUCCUCACCAAUGAGAAUUUCCUGGUCGACUUCUUCCAGGACAUUGGUCCCGUUGCCUCUGAUCGGUGUCUCAUUGACGAUGGUCGCGAUAGAGAGUUGAGCCGUCGCGAGAACGAAAUUUUACGCCGCGAGAGGGAGUUGCAUAGGCAGCUUAUUAGCUUUGAACAGAGACGAGCUCGGUUCCAUCGAGAGACAGCACAGUAUCACGCACAACAAGCUGCGAUACAUCAAUUUCAGGCUAGAUUUGGGAAGGAUUUGGAGACGAAAGGUUUAGCUCUGAAAACUGGUGCUCCAGCCAUUUCGGAGGGCUCAGAAAGAGAGUCGGACGUAGAGGCUUAG